AUGGCUGGAGCUUUGAUCGGAGAGGCCUUUAUUUCUGCUUCCAUCCACGUGAUUUGUCACAGAAUUGCUUCACCCAAGUUCGUCGACUUAUUUUGGCACAAGAAACUCGAUCAACCUCUCCUCAUGAAACUAAAGAGGACGCUGUUGACCUUGAACCCAGUGCUCGAUGAUGCAGAGGAGAAGCAAAUUGAGAAACCAGCUGUGAGAGAGUGGCUUGACGACCUCAAACAUGCAGUCUUUGAUGCUGAGGACUUGCUGGAUGAGAUCAACUAUGAAGCCUUGCAAUGCAAGCUGGAAGGUGAAGCUCAAACAGCCGACAAAUUAACCAAUAAGGUGCGGAGAUUCCUCCCUACUUCUCGUAAUAAGUUUUAUCAAAGCAUGAAUGUUAAGAUACAAGAGUUAUUACGAAAAUUAGAAGACUUUGUACAAUUGAAAGGUGCUCUUGGUUUGACAGAAGUUGUUGGGAGGAAGGUUUCACAAAGAACUCCAACAACUUCCGUGGUUCAUGAACCUUAUGUAUAUGGUAGAGAAGAAGUCAAAGAAAAUUUAUCAAAAGUUUUGUUCUCUGAUGAUGCUAGCAAAGAGGAUGUGUCCUUCAUCACCAUUGUUGGAAUGGGCGGGGUUGGCAAGACAACCCUUGCCCGCAUGCUUUACAAUGAUGAUAAGGUGAAAGAGCAUUUUACACUUAAAGCUUGGGCUUGUGUUUCAGAAGACUAUGAUGCUAUCAGGGUAACUAAAACUCUUCUUGAGUCAGUCACUUCAAAAACUUGCAAUACAACAGAUCUGAAUUUGCUUCAAAUUGAACUAAGAGAACAACUUAGGGGGAAGAAAUUUUUAUUUGUGUUGGAUGACCUUUGGAAUGAGAAAUAUACUGAUUGGAACUGCCUCCAAACUCCCUUUACUUCAGGGGCAAGGGGAAGUAAAGUCAUCGUAACAACACGGAACAAAAAUGUAGCAUCUUUCAUGCAAAAUGUUCCCACUCAACCCUUGGAACCAUUGUCGCAUGAAGAUUGUUGGUCAUUACUUGCAAAACAUGCGUUUGGAAAUGUAAACUGUAGUGCAUAUCCAAGCUUGGAAGAAAUCGGCAAGAAAAUUGCACGAAAGUGUAAUGGGUUGCCUUUAGCUGCACAAACACUUGGCGGUUUGUUACGUUCCAGGCUAGACUCUGAGGUAUGGAACAGAGUACUAAACAACAGCAUUUGGGAGUUACCUACAGAGAAAAGUGACAUUCUUCCUGCUCUAGGGUUGAGUUAUCAUUAUCUUCCAGCUAAGUUAAAGCAAUGCUUUAUUUAUUGUUCAAUUUUUCCAAAAGACUAUGAAUUCAAGGUAGAAGACAUUGUUUUUCUUUGGAUGGCGGAAGGUUUAAUUCCCCAAGCGGAGAAUGGGGACAACAUGGAAGAAGUGGCUAAGGAAUAUUUUGAUGAACUUUUAUCCCGAUCAUUGUUUCAAACAUCGGGGAAAUCAAGUUUCGUUAUGCAUGAUCUCAUCAAUGACUUGGCUUUGUUCAUGUCUAAAGGAUUUUGUUCUAGGUGGGAAGGGAGGGAAUCACAUGAAGUAGAAAGAGUUCGCCAUUUGUCAUAUGCUAGGGAAGAAUAUGAUGUUUCUCUUAAAUUUGAGCAAUUAAAGGAGGCUAAGUGUUUGCGGACCUUCCUACCUACCUCUUUAAAUCCAUAUAACUCUUAUAAAAAUUAUUAUCUAAGUAAAAAGGUUGUACAAGAUUUGUUGUCGUCACACAGAUGUUUACGGGCGUUAUCAUUGUCAAGUUAUAGGAAUGUCACUCAGCUACCUGAUUCUAUUAAAAAUCUUAUUCACUUGCGCUAUUUGGAUCUCUCUGGUACUGCAAUUGAAAGGUUACCUAGUGUACUUUGCAGUUUGUACUAUUUGCAGACGUUACUAUUGUCAAAUUGUUCAUCUCUUGUUGAAUUACCUGCAGACUUGAGAAAAUUGAUAAAUUUACAGAAAUUAAUGCUGGGAGGUUGUGCGUCUCUUGCUAAAUUGCCUGUAGACCUGUGGGAAUUAAUUAGUUUGCAUCAUCUUGAUGUGAGUGGAACUAAAAUUGCAGAGAUGCCAUUGCAAAUGAGUAGACUAAAAAGUUUGAGAACGUUGACUGCUUUUGUUGUGGGGAAAUCUACUGGGUCAACCAUUGGGGAAUUGGGGGAGCUUCCACAUCUUGGAGGAAAACUUAAACUACAAAAUGUAGUUGAUGCUAAGGAUGCCGUGCAAGCCAAUUUGAAGAAUAAGAAGGAUAUGAAGGAGUUAGAGUUCGAAUGGGGCAAUGAAGACUCGGAUGAUUCUACAAAAGUGAGAGAAGUACUUGACAAGCUCCAACCUUGCAUGAAUUUGGAGAAAUUGACCGUCAAACGUUAUGGCGGGACCAGCUUCCCAAACUGGUUGGGAGACUCUGCCUUCAAUAAAAUAAAAGUUAUGCGCCUCGAAGGCUGUCAUUAUUGUUUCGAGUUGCCACCUCUUGGACAGCUACCUGCUCUUAAGGAGCUCUUCAUAUGUAAGAUGAAAUUUCUUAGGACGUUAGGUCCUGAGUUGUAUGGCCAGCCAUUUCAACCAUUUCAAUCGCUGGAGAGGCUGGAGUUUAAGGGAAUGGCAGAGUGGGAGGAAUGGGUACCAAGUGGAAGUGGAGGUCCAGACUUUCCUCGCCUCCUAGAGCUAAUUCUAGAAAAGUGUCCAAAACUGAGAGGAAGCUUGCCUUGUGAUCUACCUUGCUUGAAGAAACUUAGCGUGGAAGGGUGUGGAGUUUUACAUGAUCAAAGGGCCACUGCUACUUCUAGUACUAGUACUAGUCUCAACUACAAUUCUCUUCAAGAAUUGGAAAUAAAAGAUGGAUGCCAAACAGGUCUGUUAUCAUUACUAGAGACAAAACUCCUGUCCCGACUUAAGAUUCGAAAUUUAAAUAACAUACAAUGCUUCCCCAACAUCAAUCGUCUUCAACAUUUGAUUCUUUGGAAUUGUCCAACCCUGUCGUCGUUUCCUAAAGAUGGCCUACCCACUACGUUGACAUCACUUUAUAUAAUCAAUUGUAGGAGAUUAGAUUUCCUACCUCAUGAGAUGUUGGCCAAACUAACAUCACUCGACUAUUUGACUAUACAUAUGAGCUGUAAUUCAAUGAGGUCCUUCAGGAUUUUUCCCAAAUUGAGGACACUUAAUAUUGGGUAUUGUGAGAAUCUGGAAUCGCUUUGCUUGAUUGAAGAAGGAGGAGCUGUUGAGAAUCUCAGCCAUCUGGAUAACUUAAAUAUCUUAGGCUGUCCAAAUCUGGUGUGUUUUCCCCAGGGAGGGUUGCCCACUCCCAACCUAACUCAAUUGGAAUUCAGCAGAUGCAAGAAGUUGAAGUCAUUACCUGAACGCAUUCACACCUUCACAGCCCUUGAAAGAUUGUGGAUAAGGAAUCUUCAAAAUCUGGAGUCAAUUGCAGAAGAUGGGGGUUUGCCUCCCAACCUCCAACAUUUUAGGAUUGAGAAUUGUGAGAGACUGAGGGCUUCAUCUUCAUCAGUGGGAGACUACUGCAACUGGGGUUUGCAAGCACUUGUCUCCCUUACAGAAUUUACAAUUCAUGGCAGGGGAAGUGAUGAAAUCUUGGAGACGUUGCUCAAGCAACAGCUGCUCCCUACCACUCUUCGCAGUCUCCUCAUCGAGGAACUUUCAACUCUGAAAUCUUUGGAUGGAAAGGGACUUGCACACCUUACUUCUCUUCAAGAACUAUUUAUUAGUAGGUGUGACAGUCUGGAAUUCUUGCCAGGAGAGGCACUUCAACACCUCACUUCUCUUCAAAGGCUAGAAAUUAGGUGUUGUGACAAUCUCCAAUUCCUGCCAGAAGAGGGUCUGCCGCCAUCUCUUUCUUAUCUGAAGAUCUUCCGAUGUUCUGGCCUGGAGAAAAGGUAUCAGAAUAAGACGGGACAAGAUCAUUGGGACAGCAUAUCUCACAUUCCUUGCAUCUGGAUAAAUGAUGAAGUCAUCAUAUGA